GCUGUCAGGCUGUGCUUUCCCACGAAACACCACCUCGGCUGCGCCCAGGCUUUGCACAGCAGGAGAAACGCGGCCAAGUUGUUCGUGUGCCAAGCAAAAUCCCAGCCUGCCUCCCUGGGAGGGCUGCCCUGCACGCCCCGCAGCAACAACAGGCUGGGCUGGCCCAGGGCUGGGUGCUGCUGAAAGAUUUGGAGGGACAAACACCGGCUUUGGCAAUAGCAAAUGACUAAUGGCCUCGCUGACAGUCCUGCCACACGAGCUGGGACCUGUUUCAGGAAGAGGGAAGGCAACAUCUUUGUGGUCAGCUUGUCUGUUGCAGACCUUGUAGUGGCAGUGUAUCCGUACCCUCUGAUCCUGAGUGCCAUUUUCCACAAUGGGUGGACCAUGGGAAACGUCCACUGCCAGAUAAGCGGGUUCCUGAUGGGCCUCAGUGUCAUCGGGUCCAUUUUCAACAUCACCGCCAUCGCAAUCAACCGCUACUGCUACAUCUGCCACAGCCUUCGGUAUGAUAAGCUCUUCAACCUGAAGAACACCUGCUGCUACAUCUGCCUGACCUGGCUGCUCACCGUGGUGGCCAUCGUGCCAAACUUCUUCGUUGGGUCCUUGCAAUAUGACCCCCGGAUUUACUCCUGCACCUUUGCCCAGACGGUGAGCACGUCGUACACCAUCGCGGUGGUGGUGGUCCACUUCAUCGUCCCGCUGUCCAUCGUGACGUUUUGCUACCUACGGAUCUGGAUUUUGGUGAUUCAAGUCAAACACCGGGUGAGACAAGACUGCAAGCAGAAGCUCCGAGCAGCUGACAUCCGGAAUUUCUUGACCAUGUUUGUGGUUUUUGUCCUUUUUGCUGUGUGCUGGGGACCAUUAAACUUUAUUGGCCUUGCUGUUUCAAUUAAUCCUUCCAAAGUGCAGCCACACAUUCCAGAGUGGCUUUUUGUCCUGAGCUAUUUUAUGGCCUAUUUUAACAGCUGCCUCAAUGCCGUGAUCUAUGGGCUGCUUAACCAGAAUUUCCGAAAGGAGUACAAAAGGAUACUGCUGACACUCCGGACUCCCAGGCUGCUCUUCAUCGAUGUGUCGAAGGGUGGGACGGAAGGGCUGAAAAGCAAGCCGUCUCCAGCAGUAACGAACAAUAACAACCAAGCUGAAAUAAACUUAUGAGCCAGAACAGCAGCAAUAUUUAUUCUGGGUUACCCGUGUACAUAUAAUACAUAAGCCUUUCUACCUGUGCAUUUCACAGCUCUUGUUGCUGGACCCCAAAUGGCCACCCCCUUCUCAUGCAAGGAAGGAGUCUGGUACUUUUAAUGCUCAGCUUAUCACCAUGACAUCACAGCUUUGAGUAAGGAUUUUAAGAAUGGAACAACUGCCCUUUACCUUUUUUUUAAUUAUUUUAUUUUAUAUUUUUUUUCCUAUGCCAUCAUUCACUGUGUGCCUAAUAAAUUGCUUUGGUUGCUUCUGCAACAAGCAUGCCACUACCCUCAAAAAGGGAAGCGUUCAGAGUGCAUGAAAAAAUGCAGCUAUAUUUGAAAUGCAACCUGCGGAAUUGCUGUGUAACACAAACCAACUUUUCUCACCUCCCUCUGAAUUCUGUUCCUUAGCAUUAACAUAACCCAAAUUACAGUAAUCAAAGUGUAAACUGCAUGGCUUCGUAUCUUUUCAGUUAGGUUAGUAAUGGUGUUAGCCAGCAGGCGUACAUAUGAGCACAAUGACUUCCACUGUGCAUGUGUUUGUUUUCCUUUUUCCUUCUAUUACAGCUUAGUAGCUGGCCUGGGCUGAAUGCAAGGCAAACAGAAGCCAGACCUAGUGAGUGUCUGAUGUGCUCAUUUUAAUUGAAUCUCUACAGAUAUUAAGUACCCUUGCACUCUCCUUCCAGGCCAUGAAUAAGAGUAUAUAGCACAUGACAUAAUCUAAUUGCAGGAAGAUACUUGGAGCCUGAUUCUAAUUUAGGCAGUGUCCUGCCAUGGCUUGCAUUCAUUCCAAACAUCUAUCAGAAGUUCCUUCUGCAUGAGCAUCAUAAAAAAGAUGAACAUAACAGAGUCCUAUCCGCUUAAUGCAGAUGCAGGCUUUUAAUAAAAGAGGAAAACUGAGUUCCGGUGAUAUUUGCACUUGGCCAUGAAGGCAGAAGGGGAAGGAAGUUUUUGUUCCAACUAUCUUCCCUUUUGCCCACCACAUAACUUGAAUUUGAUGGGGGAAAAGAGGGGAGAAUUUUAUUCCAUUUUGUUCAUGGGUGAAGCAGUGAUUAAUUCAUGGGAGCUGGGAGAAGAUAGCUACGUAAGCAUAUUCAUGCAUCAGUUCUCAGUUAACACCUGAACUUUGUUAUCUUUGUCAUUGAAAACCAUGUCCUGAAGUGCUGGGAAGGCCAGUAUCGCAUCAGAAACAAGCACAUGGGCAGAGAUAAGGCUGUUUCUUUAAUGAAGUGUGUAUAGGGGGACUGAUUGCUGUCUGUAAAUACGACUUUAUUUUUUCUUCGACUCAUUGUGAAUUCAACUUCUUAUGGUUUUAAAUGAGCAGAACCUGCUUUGAAACAGUCCCAUUAAAUCAGCAGAUAAAACUCCCCUGGUGCAGCUCUGUCUUCAAGCUAGCAAGCCUGGCUUGGUGCCGGUGUACCAGGGGGCACAGCGGGAGCUGCAUGAGGGGUGGGAGCAGGUCUGAGCCCCGUGGGUAUAAUAAAGACAGCAGCCGGCCUGCUCCUGAUCAAAGAGUGCAGCCUUCUCCCAGUGACUUAAGGUACUGAUUGCAGUCAGAGCAGGUUCAUAGGGCUGAGUCCUGAACUGCCGAGAGCCUUUGUGGUAGCACACAGGUGCCUCGAGAUGAAAGCAGGCAGGAUUUACAAAAAUCCAUAGGCAGGCUAAGUGCCUAAUCCUGAGCAAAGGUAAGCCAUUUCUGCACUGCUUGUUGAAAGCAUCCUGUUGCUGAACGUCCCUCCUGCUGAAUAUUCUGGGGGAAGAAAAGUUGAAAGAAAUUGAGCUCCUUUAUGGAUCAGGCCAAAAAACACUGCAUGGUGCAUUACUUCAGUGCAGCGUGUGUGCUGCCCCUGUGGCAAAGGUCGCUGUGAUGUGAGCAGGUCUCUGUCUUUGCUGGGCGCCCUUGCACUUCAUGAUGUUUUCAGACUUGAACAUCUCCGCAACAUCAGAUGAUUAUUGUUUUAAAAUGCACUGCAGCCAGCAUCCCAUAAUAGGAAUCAAGCUGAAGUCUGUUUUGGCCUCUUGAUCUGCCUGAGCAUGGCCAAAUAAAGGUAUAUUGACCCUCGGAAAUAACAUGGUCUGUUUGCCUUCCAGCAAAACCAGUCUGGACGAAUUCACACCAUUUUGUGCAAACAAGGAUGUUUUGAGUCAAACUAGGAUAAGACAAGUGCAGAGAGGCAGCUGCAGCUGCAGUCAGUGCUCCUGCCAUCGCCCAGGGAGUUGUCCCCUGUGCUGUGACCAGUCCUCAAAUUAGUUUCUAAUUAGCCACAGCAGCGUUAGUCAGAAUCACAUUAGCAAAUAAUUUUAUCUGUUCAGCACCAACCCAAGCCAAGUACACUCCUUUCAGACAAUCACGAAGGAUCCUUUACAAGUUUGCCAAAUGUCUCAUAAUCCCCCACCACUGGGGUUUCAUCCUGUGGAUCCUUGCCUUUCUAACUGAAUGUUUAAUGCAGGCAAUGCGGUAUUUUUCCUUUCUUUAAGCUUGGAUUUGCACUAUUUCUUAUUUGGGCUCCAAAGUAACAGCCAGCGAGUGUUUGAACCAAGCUGGGUAAGCCAAAGAGGUCCCAAACAGGCACACAGUGGGAGCCUGUGCUGGUGCCUGGUGGGGAAAGGAGCAAGAGGAGCACCACAAGCAUCUCCCAGGGGCUCGUGGAGUCCCUGCUGAACCGAACUAUGCAAAGUGACAGGGCACCUGCCCCUCUUCUGCUGGAUUUGCAGGGGACAAAGCGCCUGCUGCUGCGAGGUGGGGGCCCUGCUGCCACCCUGCAGGCUGGGGAUGGGUCCUGUGAUGGGCUCCAGCCAUCAGACGGCACCGAGAGCUCGCCCCAGCACAACCCGUUCAGAAGUGUUUUCGGAGUCCCAGCGGGAUGAUUCAGCCGUCACGGCUGGGUUCCUGAGCGAAGUCCUGCUGGGGCUGGGAUCUGCAAUAUAAAACAUUAAGAGCAGGGAAUGCUGGCUUCAAACAGAAAACACUGUGCCAUUUGCUAGCACUUUGAUACAGAGACAGUACUUAGGAUAGGAUAGAAUAGAUUUUUAUACUGAAUUAUUUUAAGACUACCCGAGCAGCUCCUUAUUUUUAUGUUAAGAAAUGGUUAACAGGGUACAGAAAGUUUAUUUUGUUAACAUUUGUUUACAGAAAAAGGGAGGUGUGUCUUAAACUGUGAAUCCUGAGCAGAGUCAGUUUCCCCAUGAUAAUCUAGCUUUAAUCCAAAUUGGAGCUUUCAAGGAAAUCCCACAGCUUAAACUACACUCUGCCAAUUCCACCUGUUGCAUACCCUGCCUUAAGUCUCAGAAACAGCAUUGACCUCUCCUAUAAAUAGGAUUUAUAUCACUUGCUAUGGAUUUGAUCUGUCCUGAAUACCGAGUCUAGCCCCAAACCCUGAGAUUGUUGUAGUGGAUGUGAACUUAUGGAGAGAUGGUAUUGCUAUGAAGUAAGAUUAAUCUCUUGCCAUGAAGAAUUUUUUUGGGAUGUUGCUAAUGAAUGUUGUUUAAUCUAUUUAAGAGGAAUGUAAUCGGUAUAUUUAUAUAUGAAUAUAUAUUGCAUAUACUGUUUCCACUUUGUUAUUUGAUUAAUAAAUCUGCAGUAUACUUCCUAUUGCUAUUUUUUGUUCAUGAAGAAGAUUUGUUCCCUUUACCUGUUAAAACUGUAAUAAAUCUCCCAUUGGACUGCU